AUGCUCCUCGCCGAGUUGAGUGUGGGAGAAGAUGUGCUGGCGGUGGUAGUCCCUGAACCUGAGGAUAGCGAGCUGGAAGUUGUUAGACCCGUCGAGGAAGAGCUAAAACCCGGGAUCGAGCUGCUAGACAACAAGGAUAUCGUGAUCGAGGAGGAGCUGGUUGUGGUGAUACUCGUAGACUGGGUGGUGGAUGAGCUCGACGUGCUGGUAGUGGUCCCAGUGCUCGGGGACGAGGACGAGGAGGAGGUCGGGCUGGAAGUGGUCAAGGACGUGGAAAUAGUACUCGAGGUGCUUGUAGUGGUGGAAGAGUCGGUGGACAAGGCAGUGCUUGAUGAACUGCUUGUCGAACUGCUACUGGACAAGCUGCUGCUGCUGCUGCUGCUGCUACUGCUAGUCGUAGUCGUCACGGCAGGUGGCGGCAAAAUGUACAAAUUAUACCCAUACCCACUCGACGUGUACCCGCCGCACCGAGCAGCGGGCAGUCCAGGGCACGAAUCGGGGCACAGCGCCUCAUUGAACCCGGAGCCGACGUCGACAUUGUUCAUGUCGAUGCCGGGCUUGCUGCAGAAGCACGUUGGCCCAUACAGGGCUAUCAAUUGGCUGCCGCGCGCGAAGCAGGUGGUCUGGCAUGUGGUGGGGUUGUUGUUUGCGUCGUUGAUAGUGUCGAAGAAGUCGUAG